AUGGAUCCAGAGAACAUUACCAGAAGAGUAAAAGAAUUUCAACUUCUAGGCCUCACAGCAAACUGCCCUCUACAGUAUGUCCUCUUUAUGGUGUUCCUCAUAGUAUGUGUCACAACUUGGUUUGGAAACCUUACCAUAAUCACUGCAGUGAUCACUGACCACCGGCUUCGAUCCCCAAUGUACUUUCUGCUGGGGAAUCUGGCCUUCAUAGAUCUCAGUGAGUCAACAGUCACUGUGCCAAAGAUGCUCUGGGACCUCACCUUGCAACACAAGGUUAUUUCUUUUAAUGGAUGCAUGACACAGAUGUUCUUCUUUCACUUCACUGGAGGUGCUGUGGUUUUUCUUCUCACAGUAAUGGCAUUGGACCGAUAUAUGGCUAUCCAUAAACCACUUCAGUAUUUCACUAUAAUGAACCCUGGAAUGUGUGUAGGACUUGUAGCAGGAGCCUGGGUGGGCGGGUUUGUUCACUCUCUUGUCCAGAUAGUGCUAAUAGUAAGAUUACCAUUCUGUGGACCCAAUAUUUUGGACAACUACUACUGUGAUGUGCCUCAAGUUAUCAAGCUAGCCUGCACUGACACAUUUGUUAUAGAGUUGCUAAUGUUCUCCAACAGUGGGCUUCUCACCAUCCUUGUUUUUAUUGCGCUGGUUGUGUCAUAUACUGUCAUCUUGGUCAAAAUAAGAAUACAUGUCACAGAAGGAAAGACAAAGGCUCUUUCCACUUGUGGUGCCCAGAUAACAGUAGUAUGCAUCCAUUUUGUCCCUUGCAUCCUCAUCUAUGCUCGACCUUUCCAAAAAUUUUCAGGGGAUAAGGCUCUUUCUGCUCUCUAUACAGUUUUCACACCAAUGCUGAAUCCUCUGAUUUACACUCUGAGAAACACUGAGAUGAAGAAUGCCAUUAGGAGGUUAUUAAAAAGAAAUGUAUUUUCAGAGGGAAAUUAA